GGGGCGGGGCCCGGCGUUACUUCCGGGUGGCCGUCCGUCCGUCCGCAGCAUCGCAGGUCCGGACCGGUCCGGACUCGGGUUCUCAGGAUGCUGCUGGUUCUGUCCGAAGACCACAAGGAACACCUGUCGUUCCUGCCCGAGGUGGAGCCCUCCGUGGUUGGGGAGUUUGGCCGCAUCGCGCUGGAGUUCCUGCGGCGAGGAAGCAGCCCAAAGAUCUACGAGGGAGCCGCCAGGAAGCUGGGGGUUGCCGUGGAGAUGGUCCAGCAUGGAGUGGAAGGUCUGAUGUUCCUGAUGGCGGAGAGCUCCAAACACAUGAUCUCCGAGGUGGACUUCAUGGACUCGGUGCUGGUGCUAGGCUUCAGCGAGGAGCUCAACCAGAUCCUGCUGCAGCUCUACCAGCAGCACCACGGCCAGAUCCGCAGCAUCCUGAGCCAGCUGGUCCCCAGUCAGCCCGCCUACCACAACCUGGAGUGGAGGCUGGACGUGCAGCUGGCGAGCCGUUCCAUCCGUCAGCAGGUUGUUCCCAUGGUAACCAUGCGCCUGCUCCUGACGGGCAGCCAGGAGGGCGUGGGCCGGGUCCUGCAGACGGACCCCAGCACCCUCCUGCACCUCAUCUCCACUCUAGAAGCUGCUCUGGCUGCCAUGAAGACGAGUCACGCUCGGCGCAUCCUGCGCAACAUCAAAUAAGUUCCCCCGCGUGCCACCUGCACAUCCUCCCCGUCACCGCCUCUGCGGGGGGAACACGUUUCAGUCUGAACUGCAGAAUUGUCUCGGUCCAGGAUGUUGGUUUGGGGGCAGAUUUGCUGACCCGGACAAAUCAGCGUGCGGUAGCUGAUCAGGAACUGCCGGCUCCGUCCAGUGGACUUCCUCUACUUUAGCAGCUACACUGGUGUCACGUUGGGUCAUGUCAGUUUCCACCUUAUCUGAAGGUAUUUUGCAUCACCUUUAGUUAGCAGUGUCCAACUCUUGUCGAGUCUAAUUUGUACUAUCUGCAAAAAAAAACCACACAAACUAACUCUGGACUCACAUCCCAGCCAUCUGUUGUCAAGGAAACAGAAGGUAGCAACGGAAGAGAAUACGAGAACAGGUGAAUCCCAGACAGUGUAAAAGUAAUGUGACCUCCACACCUGUAGAGGGAGCUGCUGAGCUCCCAGCUGUUUAUCAGGUCUCCUGCUUGAAAUAAACCCUCACAUGAACGUGAACAGACUUUA